AACUGUCUGCGCCCGAGCGCCGCCCGCCCGCCAGCUCCACAGCGCGGAGGGACGCCGUGAGCCGCCGCCGCCGUCGCCUCGGGCCGCGGAGGGACGUGGUGAGCUGUGGCGCUUCCGCGUCGGCGCCGGCGGGGACUCUUUGGGAGCGCGUCGGGCCGAACCCCGUUUCCCUUCGCGUGGUCCGCGGAGGCCGCGCCAGGUGGGGCCCGAAGCCGCCUCCCACGCCAGGCUGUCCCCGCGGCUGCCCGGCCUUCCUUCCGCCUGCCUGCCGGCCCGCCCUCGGAGUUAACCAAGCCGCAAUGAAGAGCUGCUUACAGUGAAAGGAAAGUAGGUCGAGCCCACUGAAAAUGCCUUUAAGGGACAAAUACUGUCAGACUGACCACCAUCAUCACGGAUGCUGUGAACCAGUUUAUAUCCUGGAACCUGGAGAUGCUCCUUUGUUACAGCAACCACUACAGACAUCCAAAUCUGGUAUUCAACAAAUAAUUGAGUGCUUUCGAUCAGGAACUAAACAACUUAAACAUAUUUUAUUAAAAGAUGUGGACACUAUUUUUGAAUGUAAAUUAUGCCGAAGUCUCUUCAGAGGAUUACCAAAUUUAAUUACCCACAAAAAAUUUUACUGCCCACCAAGUCUCCAGAUGGAUGACAACCUUCCUGAUGUAAAUGAUAAACAAAGCCAAGCCAUAAGUGAUCUCCUAGAAGCCAUAUAUCCAAGUGUGGACAAGCGAGAAUAUAUUAUUAAGCUUGAACCUAUAGAAACUAAUCAGAAUGCUGUGUUUCAAUAUAUUUCAAGGACUGAUAAUCCUACUGAAGUCACAGAGUCAAGCAGUACUCCUGAACAAACUGAAGUUCAAAUACAGGAAACUAGCACUGAACACUCUAAAACAGUACCAGUUACAGUUACAGAAGUGGAAACUGUAGAGCCCCCUCCUGUUGAGAUCGUUGCAGAUGAAGUUGCACCUCCAUCUGAUGAACAACCUCAGGAAUCACAAGCUGACUUGGAAACUUCUGAUAAUUCUGAUUUUGGUCACCAGUUGAUAUGUUGUCUUUGUAGAAAAGAAUUUAAUUCCAGACGAGGUGUUCGCCGUCACAUUCGAAAAGUACACAAGAAAAAGAUGGAAGAACUAAAAAAGUACAUUGAAACACGAAAGAAUCCAAACCAGUCCUCUAAAGGACGCAGUAAGAAUGUUCUGGUUCCAUUAAGUAGGAGUUGUCCAGUAUGUUGUAAAUCAUUUGCUACAAAAGCGAAUGUAAGGAGGCAUUUUGAUGAAGUUCAUAGAGGACUAAGGAGGGAUUCAAUUACUCCUGAUAUAGCAACAAAGCCUGGGCAACCUUUGUUUCUGGAUUCUGUUUCUCCUAAAAAAUCUUUUAAGACUCGAAAACAAAAGUCGUCUUCAAAGGCUGAAUACAAUUUAACUGCAUGCAAAUGCCUCCUUUGCAAGAGGAAAUAUAGUUCACAAAUAAUGCUUAAAAGACAUAUGCAAAUUGUCCACAAGAUAACUCUUUCUGCGACAAACUCUAAAAGAGAGAAAGGCCCUAAUAAUACUGCCAACGGUUCAGAAAUAAAAGUUAAAGUUGAACCAGCAGAUUCUGUAGAAUCUUCACCCCCUUCUAUUACCCAUUCUCCACAGAAUGAAUUAAAGGGAACAAAUCAUUCAAAUGAAAAAAAGAACACACCGGCAGCACAGAAAAAUAAAGUUAAACAAGACUCUGAAAGCCCUAAAUCAACCAGUCCGUCUGCUGCAGGUGGCCAGCAAAAAACCAGGAAACCAAAACUUUCAGCUGGCUUUGACUUUAAGCAACUUUACUGUAAACUUUGUAAACGUCAAUUUACUUCCAAACAGAACUUGACUAAACACAUUGAGUUGCACACAGAUGGGAAUAACAUUUAUGUUAAAUUCUACAAGUGUCCUCUUUGCACUUAUGAAACUCGUCGAAAGCGUGAUGUGAUACGACAUAUAACUGUGGUUCAUAAAAAGUCAUCCCGCUAUCUUGGGAAAAUAACAGCCAGUUUGGAGAUCAGAGCUAUAAAAAAGCCUAUUGAUUUUGUUCUAAAUAAAGUGGCAAAAAGAGGCCCUUCGAGGGACGAAGCAAAACAUAGCGAUUCAAAACAUGAUGGCACUUCUAACUCUCCUAGUAAAAAGUAUGAAGUAGCUGACGUUGGUAUUGAAGUAAAAGUCACAAAAAACUUUUCUCUUCAUAGAUGCAAUAAAUGUGGAAAGGCAUUUGCCAAAAAGACUUAUCUUGAACAUCAUAAGAAAACUCAUAAGGCAAAUGCUUCCAAUUCACCUGAAGGAAACAAAACCAAAGGCCGAAGUACAAGAUCUAAGGCUCUUGUCUGAUAACUUCAAGUGAUGUACGAAAAGGUUUGGAGUUCAUUUUUGUGGAAAGACUUUAAAUUGGUGUUAGAACCACUAAACGUCUUCAAAUGGUAUUAUGAGAAAAAAGAAAAACGUUUUUAUAAAUAUUUGACUGUAACUGCUGUUUUCUCACUAAAGUGAUUAUCAUCUAACCACUUGUUUCAAAGGCACUGCCUUUUCCAGCACUUUUCAAGUAGCUGUGACAUUACGUAUUGUCAUCCCAGUCCAUCAGUUAACCACCUUUGGCCUUGUGCAUUUGGUCUACAGUUUCUACAAAAAUGUUGCAAAUUUUGUUUUCCAAAUAAUUUGUUGAUUGAAGUGAUCAACAACCUGAAGAAUAUAUCACCACUGGUGAUUUUAAUUGACAAAAACUUUAUAGCUUAGUGAUUUUAGUUUUGUUCCACUUUAUUUGGCAGAAUUUUCAUUUGGAUUGUACAGAUAGAUGAUUUCCUAGUGAGUGUAUGUUAGGACCAAAGACAAAUUAGUAUCAACACAUUAUACAUAUUUAGCCUACUAAAUAUUUGUCAUUAUUUUUACAUUCAUUUAUUUCUAACUUGUUCUCCAGCACUUAAAUGUUUGAAGGUUUCAUUCUAAAAUAUAUACUACAGGAAAGUUCUAGUUCAUUCUCAUCCAUCGAUCAUUACAUUUAUCAUUUGUAAACAUCUGAGGUUUUUAUGAAAAUUUAACAUUCCCUAUUUUUAAAAAAGUUUUAUACAAAGCACUUUAAUGAUAGAUGCAAGUUAAUUUUUCAGUUUCUUUUUUUUAAAAAGACUACACAUUUACUAAUGUUAAUAUGAAGGUAGUAGGUAGCUUACUGAUAUUUUAUGGAUGCAGACAAUCCAUGCACAACCACUUCUUAUGAUAUUAGUUUAUUUCUUUAAAUAUUGCUAAAAAAAAAAAAAAAAAAAAAGGCAGAUGAGGGUAUAAACCCUGAUUUC